ACACGCGGAACAAGUCUUAUACCUUUGUACUUUGUACGGGGAUACACCUAAGGACGCGUAUAUAUAUAUGUAUACGGAUAGUCAGGUUAGAUUUGUAGAGUGACACUCUGGGGCUGGGUCCUAUGGGAACGUGUAUCAGGUUCGUGUAUUUCCGUAAAUCCGCGUCGGCAACUUCGGUUUGGUUUUUUGUAGUGGUAUAAUAAAAAAGAAAAAUUAAAAAAUAUAUAUAAACUGUUAUCGACGUUCUGGAAAACGACUAUCUGCGUUCUUAAAACUCGGAUAAAAGGUUCUCCAAGUCCUUAGGGCAUCCUAUACUUGUUUACUCUUAUUCUUCGCCCCCUAAAGUCAGUUUAUCCUUAGUGGUAGUAACCUCACUGGCGUAUUUCCACAUAGUAAUUUCGUGAGAUUAGUGCGUGACGCAUGUCCUAAAAAUACAGAGUUACUCGCGUCCUUGUUAAAGAGCUUAUCGGCCAUUUCAUGGGCGGAAUCACUGCGUGCUUCCGUGAGACCCAUUAAAGGGUUUAGAAGUAGGAUGUAGACGGAGGGGUCGGCCUACGCUUACCGCAAGAUCCAGGAACACCUACUCGUCUGCAGGAAGUGGAAGGGACCACAGGAGACCUAGCACCUGUUGCAAGGGUCGACCGAGUGAAGUGAGAAGAAUCAGACAUCAGUCAGACACAAUUGAAGACUUCUGGCCGACAUCGCUGUAGGACACCGAUAGUGGAAUCUGGGAGUAUAUAUAUAUAGAUAGAGAGAGGGUGGUGUCGGGUGGGUGAAAGAAGAGACACCCGGAGGACGUCCAAGGACCCAGGGACGUUGAUAUCCUGUUGUCGUCAGCAUCCUCUUCCUUAAGUAUCCGUGAUCCUUCGAGCGCGAUUAAACUCGAGUAAGGGAAACUUAUUGGGGUUGAGAUUGCGCGGCGGUGAUUUAAAUGAAAAUCAAGAUGAAGGAAGGUCUGGACUCGGGCCGCACAGUUAGGCUUGAUCGUGGCGGCGGCGUCUCUCAUCUGCUGCAGGUGAAACCCCUCGAGUCGCUGGAGAGUACACGGCGAAUGCUGGCACUAUGCGAGGAGAGCCAUGAGGUCGGGAUGAAAACCCUCGUAAUGCUGGACGAGCAAGGCGAACAACUGGAUCGAAUCGAGGAGGGAAUGGAUCAGAUCAACGCCGACAUGCGGGAGGCUGAGAAGAAUUUGACUGGAAUGGAAAAAUGCUGUGGACUAUGCGUUCUCCCAUGUAACAAGGGUGCAAGCUUCAAGGAAGACGAGGGCACGUGGAAGGGCAACGACGAUGGAAAAGUCGUGAACAAUCAGCCCCAGCGAGUGAUGGACGAGCGUAACGGAAUGGCCCCCGGAAGUGGAUACAUAGCCAAGAUCACGAACGACGCGCGCGAAGGAGAGAUGGAAGAGAACAUGGGCCAGGUCAACACCAUGAUCGGUAACCUGAGAAACAUGGCGAUCGACAUGGGCAGCGAGCUCGAGAAUCAGAACCGACAGAUCGACAGGAUCAAUCGCAAGGGCGAUUCGAACGAGACGAGGAUACAGGUGGCCAACGAGCGGGCCCAUCAACUGCUCAAAUAAGUCUUCUUCCAACCGCCAACUCAGCACCACCACCACCACCAUCACCACCACGAUACACGUCUCUGCUACCAUCACCUACACUUUAUCAAUUUUAAUUAACGCUUAUUUACUUAGUUAAUUACGUACUUACUCACUCGUUUACUUAUUUACCUAAGUUAACCUACCUGCCCGUCAUUUUCAAAUACGACCACCCUCUACCCGGGUCCACGGCAACCGUCUCUGGUUUGGCUUUACUCGUUAUCGAUUUAUUACUCAUCCAUCAGAUACGUUCGUGGGUUCUCACUCGUUAUCGUUGCACGCGUCCCACCCUUAUUACACUGUUCAUCCCUUACAAAGUGUGAGUCCUCGUAGACCUUGUGAAACGGGACACCCAUCCCCUUCACUUCUUUCUAAUUACGACAAUGUCUCUUUAGCGAGUUAUCAAUUAAAUUAAUUCACUGUGACUCCACGUCGGCUGAUUCGAUGCUUUGUUGGAAAUUGGCGAAUCGAACGUGAAGUAAAGAAAAUGCAAAAAGAAAAUAAUCAUAACGUACACAUAACGGACCAUGGCCAUGGUUCUUCUUCUUGGUCCUAAUUGGAAUCCCACGUGGCUUAAUUGACUCAUUUGUCAGAUACACAUAUACGCACAGAGCUAAAUACAUUCUGGAUCAAUGUACCUUUCUAACGAUCCACCUUCGACUCGUCACUCUUUCAAUUAAUGGAACUCUCUGUCUCUGGCUGCCUGGUUCAAUUUCAAGGGUCACUUAGUUAAUUUUGCCUCUUAUUGACAUCAUACAAAUGGUACACAAUACAGCCAAUCGAUCCAAUCGCAUUCUCCUUGAUUCUCUGCUUCACGUUUCUCUUUCACCGUCGAAAAAAAUAAAAAUGUAAGAAACAGAUACGUUACAGCACACCGAAUACUUCUUCCAUAUAUAAAUGACACUCGAUUGACAAAAAGAAUCAUGAACUACACCAUUAUUAGCUGACGUAAAAGAACAGACCGAUAGAGAUAUAAGUAUUAAAAGGAUGGGCAGUACCAUACAAUAUUUAAGCAGUAUAAUUAUAUUAUUAUAACACAACACCGAGAGUCAUAUAUACGAAACACGACACAAGAUCAUAAGAUGGUUUACGCGUUAAGAAACGUGCAAUAGCCUUUACCGUAUAUAUUCUAUAACAAAGAAAUAAGAGAAAAAAAAUAGAGAAACAGCUUCUACUAUGAUCUAACGUCAUUAAGGAUACUUGUGAACAACGUACGUACAUACCAUGUAUAACAUAUAUGAAUAUAGUAUGUGUAUCAAGGAGAUCCAGUAUACUUAAAGAAAACAAAAAAGAGAUGCAUUGAUUCUUAUGUAUAUUCUCACGUAUCUGUCGCACGCUAUAUAACUAUUAUAUAUUUAUGUAUAAAGAGCAUUUAAGGGAGUUUGCGCAAGAGGGUGAAGAGAGGAUAGCGAUGUUGAGAGUACUGGCGAGAAGGAGAAGGAAAAGCGUGAUAGAUCGACUACUGGCUCAGGAGGAAGUGUCACAGCAGUUUUAAGGAGGUUCACUCGUAUGGUACUUGUGUUGUAACGGAGUUUAUUAAAUUAUUGUAUGAAGAUCUUGAGACGCGGGGAAGGUAUCUCUAGAAUAGAAACUCCUGUCGAUAGGUGCGGUAUCGAUGUCCUCGAGUAAAUUAUGAAAAUGUUCUGGACUCGUAGGAGCACGGGAGAAUGUAUGUAUGAAUGUGCACUGUGGGAUGAUAUCAUAAAGUGUGAUAGGUGGCUGUGUGGAUAAUGAAAGGAUAUGAUGAGAUUGGGAGGGAGGGGGGGGGUGCGGGACGGAGGAGGAGGACAGAAGACGGAUGGACGACCAAGCAGAGGUUGAAGAUUUGGAAGAGUGGGAACACACGGUACAAGCGGAUUCAUGGAAGCACUAAAUGGAGAUGCACCGUUGGAGUAAUAUGGGAUUAAUGGCGAAAUUGUAGCUAGAACAUUUUUUAAAAGCAGAUUUUAACGAAAUUUUCAUUGUUUAUUACUUAACUCACCGUAGCGUUAGGUAUUUAAUUCUGCCUGCGCGAUCACGAACACGAUGAGAUCACAGUAAGGUUUAACUCCAAAAAAAAAUGUACAUUAUUAUAUUUACAUAAAGAGAUAUAUGUUUCAUAGA